CCCCAGGCAGCUACAUCCCUCUCUCUCCUCUCCACUCUCCGCCCAUCUGCUUUUCCUCCCAUAAACAAGGUGACGUAGUGCAGAGUGCUGCCAGAGAGCCUCCUCGCCUGCUGCUGCUGGAUCCACAGCCUUUCUGCCAGCCUCCUCACCAGACGGUCUGUGACCUCCAGAUCAACAUCCAUCUAUCCACCCACCCCACUGGAGCAGCGCAGAUCCUCCAGACCCCUGGGUACCGGGACCACUCCUCUCACCUCCCUCCGUCACCAGCCCGCCACCACUCUCUAUCCUCUGCACCACCCCUCUGUCCACCUGUCCUAGAGUACGCCCCUCACUGCCUAGCGCCCAACCCCACAGAGCCCAGUCAGCCCCAGCAUGGAUAAGGUGCAGCACACGAUGCGCUCGGCCAUCCGCAGAGCCUCCAUGGCGGUGGACGUGCCCCCCCAGGCCAGGCAGAACAUGCAGGAGCUCUUUGUCAACUUCAGCCUCAUCCUCAUCUGCCUGCUGCUCAUCUACAUCAUCGUGUUGUUGAUACCUCUGUAGCUGAACCAACAACCACCACAGCACAGCUACAGUGAGCGCUAAGCAGGGAGAUGUAAUCUGCAUCCAUCCAAUCAUCCAUCCAUCACUAGCCUUCCUGGGGAACCUUCCAGAAGACCCCCCCCGUCAUCAUGGAUCUGGCCAACGACCGCGGCCUCAACCUGAUGCUCAACUUCCUGCUCAUCGUCAUCAUGCUGCUCCUCAUGCUUGUCCUGGUCAAGCUCAUGUAACCUCUGACAUCUGACCUCAUGGCUUACAGUAGUUAGGUUGAGCAAUUCCAGUCCCCAAGGGCCACAGGGUCUGAUGGGAGUCCCUCUACCUCUGAUUUGAUCAUUUAAAUACACCAUGGCUUUGACUAAUUACUAUUCAACAGUUGUUCAUCCGCAGCAUCAAAUCACUGAAUAAAGGCUGCGAACCUACUGGAUUAGAAUCAAAGAUCUUGAGCUGUUAGAGAGAAGAAAAGUCUGGGAUUCCGUGAGAUCGUAACAUGAGACGGCAAGAUUCAAAAUAUGACAGGAUGAUGAAGCUCCAUCCACGGAUGGUAGAGAAUGUAAAAAAUGUUGGCAUGGGAGAAUCAAUAGCAUGCCCUCCUUCCAUUUAGCUGACCUCCCUCUAGUGGUAGAAUCCCCUAACUGCACCACAUUUCAUUCUGGCCAAUAAUUUUAUCCAAAGUCAUGCGUGCAUACAUUUUACGUAUGGGUUUAUAUGAGCCAUAGAGAACAAGCUCUUUAAAGCUUUUACACUCACAGUCAGACUAUUAAGACCAAAGCACAGAACACGCAUGAUGCAACUGACAAAUGAAAUGGAACUGAAAAUUAUUAAACCUGCAAUAUGUCACUUUUUUGGCUGACCCUACACAAUUCACAUAGAAAUGUGAGUUAUAGAUCUGUCAUUCUGAUCGAAAGCUAGUCUAAUCUGUUCCAUGUGUGCUAUUUCUAUGGUUCCAAUUUUUUGUCUUUUACUUUCUUUUUCAGUUUCAAACGGCUGAAAAUACUAUUUUAAAAUAUAUAUUUCACAGCGGUUUAGAUGGUACAAUGAUUCUCUACACUAUAUUUUCUUGUUUUGCCACAUAAACUGAAAUUAGGAAAACUAUUAUGCAAUCUUUAAAGGCCCAGUGUAUUCAACAAUGUGAUAAUCCUAUGUUUUAUAUAUAUAUUUCCACACAAUGAGGUUGGAAUAAUACUGUAAUAUUGUGAAAAUGAUGAUAAUGCCCUAGAACUGUUUGAAAGGAUUGCCUAAAAUUUCUGCCUGUUUUGGUGGGAUGGAGUUUUGGCCUUCUAUGAUGACAUCACCAUGGGGUAAAUUAGAUAAUAGACCAAUGAGAAAGAAGAGUUCCAAACCUCUCUGAAAAUAACAGCUCAUUUUCAGUUUCCCCCUCCCCACUCAGACCACUCGCAGACAGUCCUAACAAAAUUCUUGCUUGAGAAAUUGCCCUUUCCUAAGAAGCAAUUAUUUUGUUGAUUUUGUACCAUUUUAAAUUAAAACAAUCACAAGUUAGGUGCUUAAUUGUUACCCAGAAAUGAUUUGAUGUUGAGAUAAAAACAGCUGCAUAUGACCUUUAAAGUUAUCAGUCCUUUAUGCUGCACUCACAGAGUAACAGUUGAGUUAGGCCCUUUAGAGACGGUUUGCAUCUUUUUGUAUCCAGUUGCUUUUGAACACAGUAGGAGUUUUUAGCAUAUUCACACUGGAUACAUUCACACAUUCUUCCCUCAAUACAAAUGUGUAUGUAGUGUAAACUGUUCGGGGAGAGAUAUAAUAUUGUUAUUGCGAUAUCCUAACAUAAUUGUGUGCUGUAAAUGUUUUAGUGUCCAGUAGUAAGAGGCGACUCAUUUAUUUUUGGCAGAGUAAGACACAAACACAGAGUAAAUGCACCAAACGCGUCCAGCUCUCUGAAGAUGAAACUACUGUAGAACGGUUGUCUAUCUGCAGGCACUGGCUCCACUGGUCACUUUCUUAUGCACACAACGCAUUUUGUAAAGAAUGUUAAAAGAUAAAGAUCAAAUACACAAACCAUAAA